AUGAGUGCAUUUGAAUGUCAGAAAUGUGAAAAUGAAGAGAACGAGGAAGAAGAAGAGGAGGAGGAUCAGUGUCCUACAGUAAUACGAAGGUCCUACUCUGCCGAUUGGCUGCACAACGAUGACUCUUCUGGAGCCGACGAGGAUUCUGAAGAGGAUUCAGAUGCCGAGUUUCUGGUUCAUCCUUGCUUGAGAAGUAUUAUCAAAUCGAAAUCCGCUUAUGCGGUUCCCAGAAGUCGCGGAGAUGACUUGGCAUUGGCCAAAAAUAGCAGUAUUAAGCCAAGCAAAACAAGCUUUGAGAUCUCCCUCUCCAGAAUGAUCGAAUCCACCAGUAAAAGUAUUGCACAGGAAAUUGAAUAUUCUGUAGCCGAUCUUCUGCCGACCCUAGAUGAAACGUGGCCGGAUCCAGAAGAAGACGAAGAGGAGACGAGGAAAAAGAGGAAGAAAUCGAAUGUAAUGAGAUACUCUCCAAGUCUCUCAUCUGAUCUCUCGCUAAAUCUCAAAGGGAAAGAAGACGAUGAAGAUGAAGAGGUCAAAAAUGAGCACCGCCCAUGUUGGUCGUCCCCACCGAACUUCUUCGACGACAGCUUCAGAAGCGUGUCUCCUUUGAAUCAAAAAUGCUGGUCAGCUCCAGAUCUAGAAGACGUCAAAUUCCCAGCCCUAGAAGAGCCUCCGACAAUUCCUUCGAUUCCAAUUUUGAAGGAAUUAAUCGAUGAAUCGUGCCUGGGAUAUCCCGUGAUAGAGACUCCAGAUAAUGACCCAUCCGUUUGCUCAUACCGUCUACCAUCAUCGCUUGGCUCCGCCCCCUCACCCAGUCCACCCCGCCCACUUUCACCGGUCUGGCCCGAGAGAACCGUCGCUAGCUUUGGCUGGUCUGAUGGCGUCCAACGGGCUGUUCACAGAUCUGCCACGUUUCAAAUCAAUCGAUAUCUUGAAGAGAAUACGGUAUCCCCACCGCCAGUGAGGAUUACUGUAUCUCGAUCCGCCCACUCCCAGCUUUACAAUUUGGGAGCCGAUGAGACAGAGGACGAUGCUGAAAAUGAAAAUGAUGACGUGGCUAAUUCAGAAAAUAUGAAUGGAGGAGAGAAUUGCAGCUCUGGAGUGUCACAGUUGGAUGAGACGGAGUGGUUGGUGUGGAAUUUUCAGUUUCAGAAGUUGUAG